AUGCAGCCAUACAAAAUACAGUCCCAUUGUAAUGACCCUACCACCAUGCAGCCAUACAAAAUACAGUCCCAUUGUAAUGACCCUACCACCAUGCAGCCAUACAAAAUACAGUCCCAUUGUAAUGACCCUACCACCAUGCAGCCAUACAAAAUACAGUCCCAUUGUAAUGACCCUACCACCAUGCAGCCAUACAAAAUACAGUCCCAUUGUAAUGACCCUACCACCAUGCAGCCAUACAAAAUACAGUCCCAUUGUAAUGACCCUACCACCAUGCAGCCAUACAAAAUACAGUCCCAUUGUAAUGACCCUACCACCAUGCAGCCAUACAAAAUACAAUCCCAUUGUAAUGACCCUACCACCAUGCAGCCAUACAAAAUACAGUCCCAUUGUAAUGACCCUACCACCAUGCAGCCAUACAAAAUACAGUCCCAUUGUAAUGACCCUACCACCAUGCAGCCAUACAAAAUACAGUCCCAUUGUAAUGACCCUACCACCAUGCAGCCAUACAAAAUACAAUCCCAUUGUAAUGACCCUACCACCAUGCAGCCAUACAAAAUACAGUCCCAUUGUAAUGACCCUACCACCAUGCAGCCAUACAAAAUACAGUCCCAUUGUAAUGACCCUACCACCAUGCAGCCAUACAAAAUACAGUCCCAUUGUAAUGACCCUACCACCAUGCAGCCAUACAAAAUACAGUCCCAUUGUAAUGACCCUACCACCAUGCAGCCAUACAAAAUACAGUCCCAUUGUAAUGACCCUACCACCAUGCAGCCAUACAAAAUACAGUCCCAUUGUAAUGACCCUACCACCAUGCAGCCAUAA